UUGGUUUUUAGCUAUGCAGCUAGUAGUUAUGCUAUAAGUUCAGUACUGUCAAAUUGUUUCAUCAGUAAUGAGCUUUUGUUUUGUGUGUUACAAUUGUUUUGUCCUGGCCGUUGAUCUGUAAUGGUGAAAAACUGACUGUUUUUAGGCUGAAAUUGUGGCAACAGUUAUAUAGGCACUCCCACCCAACAAUAGAAAUAUAGAAUCAUCCCAUCAGAUAAGAAGAUCAGUUUUGGUUCGGAAAAAGAUAUGGGGAGGCGAUUUCUGAACCUUGUGGUGGAGAACGCCCGCAGUGGACUGUAUUCUCUGCGCCGCAUACCUGCAAAUCAUCUCUUCUACCCAUCAACAAGAGCAGCUGAAGAGGCCACGGCAAAGUCCCAAGAAUCAUUCAACGCGUACGUUAAGGAGCACCAUGGCAGGAAACACCCAGGCCUCCACACCUUGGAGAUGUUGGGGAAGCUUCCCUCUCCCAUGCUCAACUUCGAACCAACCCCCUGGGAUGGCCAGCGUCGAUAUAGGAAUCUCGAGUUCGCAUCUCUCCUCGGCAAUGAGAACAGGAUCCUCUUUGCCGACCACAGUGGACAUACCAUCGUCUUUGACGCCGACUCCUCCACCGUCUUUGCCUUUCCCAACCUCAUUUCUGACAAGGGUUGUGCAGCCAUUUCCCUCUCCAUCAAAAACAACAACACCAAUAAGAACAUUAGUGGCGGCAUGUGGGAUGAAGACAGCCUCUACGUGAUGUCCCAGAGUGCUGACCCUGAAACCAAGGAUUACUGCUUUGAAGUGCUCAACUACACUUCUUCCUGUAAGGAUUUUCGUGGGAGGACUCCCUAUUGGAGUUCUCUACAGCCGCCGCCCUUCGCCAACUACAUGCAUGCCGACAUUACUUCCUACACUGUGGUUGACAGCUCCACUAUAUAUGUUUCUUCUAUGGAGCCAGAUGCUACUUAUGCCUUUGACACAGUGGGGCAUCAGUGGCGUCGCCUGGGCUGCUGGACAAUGCCAUUCGAUGGCAAAGCUGAGUAUGUGCCGGAGCUCAAGCUGUGGUUCGGACUAUCCGUCAACCACCCCUACAGCUUAUGCGCUUGUGAUCUCCUCUCCGAUGCAGCAAAGCCACCCACGGUGCAGCAGCAGCACACUUGGGUGGACCUCGACAUACCUGAAUCCUGGUUGCCCUAUAACAUUGACCUCAUCAACCUGGGCAGUGGCAGGUUUUGCGUCGUCAAGAUUUUCCGUCAUAUGGCAGAUGACUGCACUGGUUUCUCCGAUUACGAUGACGAUGACGCAAUGGACUCUGACCUGAUUCAAGGGAAAUUCGCUGUCUUAACUGGCCUACAGAUAGUUCGCCCUUGUGGUAAAGAUGGUGAUGAUCAAGGUGGUGUCCGGAUGAUCAAGCACAAGUCCAUGUACUACAACUUUUGGGACUAUGAAAUCGAAUGGGUUAUCUGAAGCUGAGGGUUUUACUAUAAAAAAAAUGGGACCAAUCUAGAAAGGACUAGAUUGAUUUUGAAUUAAGGAGGGGGUGAGGCUCGAACCCGGACCGGCUAGCUCGCAGCUUGCGUUGCUAGCCGGGAAGACCCCAGGCCUUUCUCAUGAGGGUUUUACUAUCAAGCAGCUAUCUAGAAUAUGUGCCCUAAUUUCAUUUUGAUAUUUGAAGCAAUUAAUUCUAGCUUUAAUCUGAUAAGCUUUAUAUCAUGCACGUUUCUAGCUAGCUAGUGGACUGCUGUAAAAGACCCUAGUUAAUUAGUAAUUAAUAGGAUUGGAUUUCUAAAUUAGUAGUGGUAUCUAGGUAUAAUAUUUCUAAUUAGUACCUGAUAUGUGUGUACCCAUUCUAACGCAAAUCGAAUUGGUUCUGAAACUAAUAUCAUUUUGCUAUAUAUGAAGCAGAAUGGGUUCGCCUAAACUGAUUUCAUUUUCAUAUGAAACAAUAUGCUUCAUUUGAUAUGCAAUUUAUCAUCCAUAUUUCCGGUGGACUGUAAGGGACUAGUGAGUAGGAUUGAAAAUUUGGAACUCUAAAUUAGUGCAUGAUCUGUAAGAGUCUACUUUGCUAAUUGUAUGAAGCAGUAUCACUCUUGCUGGUUGUAUCUUCAAGAGAGCUAUCUUGUCAGAAAUGGAAAGGCAGAGAAAACAGUGGAGACUGAAGAUUUUUCCUUGUCAGCUGAACUAAAUUUGGCCAAGUGUUCUAUCUGAAACUAAUAUUAUCGUUAUGAUUUCUAUGAAUCAGCCAAUAUGGCCUAAUCUUAUUCAUUUUGAUACUCUGAAAACUGAAGCAAUGCUUUUAUCUGAUAUGCAAUUUUGCGUCCACAUUUCUAGUGGACUAUAAGAGACUAAUGAUCAAGUAAAUUAGUGGUGGUAUACUUAACAGUUAAGUAGGAUUGGAAUUCUAAACUAGCUAGUGGCAUGAAAUAUUCUAGUGUCUUUUGGCCAUAACUGAAUGACAUUACUGGGCUGGCGUGUCAUUGUGCUAGCUAGUUAGUGGUACAGCAAUAUGUAUCUUACUGUCAUCUCCUGAUUUUCAC